GCUUCUUCGUGUUUCUCAGCAAUUUUUCCAAACGACCGGUGAACUCAAAAGAUGGGUUCUGAGCUGAAGAGAAAGCAGAAGACGAAGAUAAAUAAUAAACCUGUUCAGUUGAACCCUAAUUGGUCACUCCUCCAACAAAAGCUGAAAUCUGAUUCUCACGGAAACACUCGAAAAUCGUUUAGUAAUGGCAACCCAGAUAAUCCCAGCUCCAUAUUAGGGAAGCGGAAAGAUAGACCCGAUUCGGAGGUUGAAGUUCCUAAGAUCGAUCCCUUAACUCCCGUUAACGACGAUUCCAGUUUGACAGAUGAAGUGGCUAUGGACUGUGAAAUGGUUGGUGUCAGUCAAGGAACCAAAAGUGCCCUUGGACGAGUUACCUUGAUUAAUAAAUGGGGUAAUGUUCUAUACGAUGAGUUUGUCCGUCCAGUAGAACGUGUUGUUGACUUUCGUACACAUAUUAGCGGGAUUCGACCUCGUGAUUUGAGAAAAGCCAAAGAUUUCCGCGUUGCUCAGACCAAAGUAGCGGAGUUAAUAAAGGGAAAGAUUCUCGUGGGACAUGCCUUACACAAUGAUCUCAAGGCUUUGCUGCUAACUCACCCGAAAAAGGACAUAAGGGAUACAGCAGAGUAUCAGCCCUUUCUCAAGGGCAAAACCCGAAAAUCUCUGAAACAUCUCGCAGCUGAGUUUUUAGGGGCUGACAUUCAAAACGGAGAGCACUGCCCUAUUGAUGAUGCACGAGCAGCUAUGAUGCUUUACCAGAAGAACAGAAGAGAGUGGGAGAAAAACGUGAAAGACCAGACGCGGAUGUGGCUGAAACAAAAGAAGCGUAAGCCUAAGAAGAAAGCAAAAGAAGGGAACACUUCCACAGAUCAAAAUCCAAUUGUUUGAAUCAAUCAGCGAGAGCAAACCGGACUAAACAGAAACCAAGAAUCGCUGAAAAGUUUUGGCCAUUUUUCGUUCUUUAUUGCUCUCAGCAUCAUGCGCCCCAAAUGUACUAGUAUCUUGUUGUGUACAAGUUCAUCACAAUAUUAUACCACAUUAAUAUUAGGUCAUGUAUUAUUGUUAAACGAAACAACACAUUUUUGGAGGUUCUGAAUUUAAGCAAGUUCAUCU